AUGAACUUUCUAGUUUUUGGUUCAAAAAACGUAAAAAUAUUCAACAAUGUAAUAGAUGCAUUUUUAAAAGAUGUUCAUUUUCUCACUGUAUUUGUUCGUUCACGUGAUCUAAUAAACAAGGACUUGAUUGAUAAUUAUGGAACAAAACAAUUAGUUAUUAUCGAAGGUGAUUCAACGAUUGCUGGUGAUGUGUUAAAAGCGUUUGAUAAAAGUAAAAACUUAUAUGAUGCUGUUAUAUCGUUGAUAUUUAACGAAGAUGAGGACGAUGAUAUUGAUGCAAAAGAUAAUAACUGUGUUGGAAGCAUAAUUGAAACAAUGAAACGUGCAUCAUUGAACAAACGUUUAUUUGUAUUUAACCAAGCUAAAAAUAUGUAUCAAGUAGAAAAAGAAUCUGCACAAAGAAUGAAAAUAAAACAUUUGACGAAUUUGAAAAUGGUAGAUCGAAAAGAAACAGUUAAUGAAUGUCAAAUAUUAUAUGAUAAUUUGAACAGGGCAACAUCUUUACAAUGGACAAUUGUCUGUUGUUAUGGAAAAAUCAAUAAUAAAUUUAAUGAGAAUAAAACGUUUAGUGUUGAAAAAAGUACACCAACAAUCGAUAAUGAAACGGCAACAACUAGUGUUUAUUUUGGACGUACAUGGAUUCAUUUGGCUGAAAAAUCAAAAAGAAAUACAUAUUAUAAUAAUUGGACGUUCUCUCCAGUGAUCAAGUAUUGCUGCUAG